GUAACUCUACAGCCUACUACUGUUGCAUGCAUGAUGCAUGUUUGAACAUUAACAGGCACUGUGUUUGACCUGCAAGGCUCUGUCAACAGCAAAGGACAUGUCUCUUUUGGGGGAUUUAGUUUUCUUACCCGUCUCUAGUCCCACCGCUCUUUUGGCGGCUGCUGUUCUCCUGCUCGUCCUCUAUCUUGUCUCCGGUAACUUUGCUUCCCAGGAACUGGGGAAGGAGCCUCCAGGACCUAGGCCUCUUCCCCUGCUUGGCAACUUGUUGCAGCUUGAUCUCAAGAGACCCUACAGAACCCUCUGUGAGCUUUCAAAGAGAUAUGGGUCUGUAUUUACGGUGUACUUUGGAACCAAAAAAGUGGUGGUGCUGGCAGGAUACCAGACAGUCAAAGAGGCUCUGAUCAACUAUGCAGAAGAGUUUGGAGACAGAGACAUCCCCCCUAUAUUUUAUGAACUGACUCAUGGUCAUGGGAUUCUGUUUGCAAAUGGAGAAUCGUGGAAAGUGAUGAGACGUUUUGCCCUCACCACCCUGCGAGACUUUGGGAUGGGAAAAAGAGUAGCUGAGGAUAAAAUCUUGGAGGAAUGCGGCCAUCUGAUUAAAAUGUUUGGAGAACAUGAAGGGAAACCAUUUGAUACAUCAUGUCUGUUGAAUUACACAACAUCCAAUAUUAUCUCCUCCAUCGUGUAUGGAAGCAGAUUUGAAUACAAUGACCCCCGAUUCAAAAACUUGGUGAGAAGAACCAAUGAGAACAUACGCAUUACUGGCUCUGCACCAAUCCAGCUUUACAACAUGUUUCCCAGGCUGGUCGGUUGGAUCAAAAACAGGCAGCUGAUACUGAAAAAUGCUGAGAUGACCAUCAGAGAUGUCAAAGAUUUAAUCAAGCAUCUGAGAGGGACGCUGAACCCUCACAUAUGCAGAGGGCUUGUGGACUGUUUUCUGAUUCUGAAACAGAAAGAAGACGAUUCUUGUGUUAUGAACACUAACUUCAAUGAGAAGAACUUGAUAUAUACAGUGACCAACCUGUUUGCAGCUGGUACUGAUACCACAGCAGCUACACUGAGAUGGGGUCUGCUGCUUAUGGCCAAAUAUCCACAUAUACAAGACCAGGUCCAGGAGGAGCUGAGCAGGGUGGUAGGAAGCCGUCAGGUCCGGGUAGAUGACCGGAAAAACCUGCCGUACACUGAUGCUGUUAUCCAUGAGACACAGAGACUGGCUAACAUUGUCCCCAUGGCUCUUCCACACAAAACCAGCUGUGAUGUCACCUUCCAGGGCUACUUUAUCAAAAAGGGGACUACUGUGUUUCCUCUACUUACUUCUGUUCUGUAUGAUGAGAGCGAAUGGGAGAGCCCACAUACUUUCAACCCUUCCCACUUCCUGGAUAAGGAGGGUAAAUUUGUCAGGAGAAACGCCUUCAUGCCCUUUUCUGCAGGUCGCAGGGUGUGUCUCGGAGAAAGUCUGGCUAAGAUGGAGCUCUUCCUCUUGUUCACCUCUCUCCUGCAGCGCUUUCGUUUCACUCCUCCACCUGGAGUCACAGAGGACAAACUGGAUCUGACACCAGCAGUGGGCUUCACCCUCAACCCGUCAGCUCAUGAGCUGUGUGCUGUCAGUCGCCAAUGAGGAAGAGAGCUGGAGCAUGGCAUUAUAACUCCCUCCGCCAGGCACAAAUAUUACUCUGAAAUGGUCUUGGGAAAAAUGACUAGCCUAAAUGUUUUUUAUAAUUAGCAACACGUUAAUUGAAAUUAUUUGUAGGGAAUUAAGGUUUAUGUGUGUUUUCGUAUAACAAGACUGCUACAUUAACCUAUAUAUUCCUUCUUCUCGGCCACUGUGGAUUCUUUGUACAUAGUCUGUAGUAAUUAGUCAUUAGAGCCCAACUGAUAUGGGUUUUUGGGGGCCGAUGCCAAUGCCUAUAUUAAAGUGAAAAAGAGCUAAUUUAUGAGCCGAUAUUAAGAGUUUUAAAAUGAUUUGGAUAGUAGAUCCCUUUCCUGUCUCCCCGUGUCCGAAUGGGUUCUCAAAGGCUAGGUUAAUUGGUGUCUCUAAAAUUGUCCUUAGGUGUGAUUGUGAGCUGGGAUUAGCUCCAGACCCCCGUGACCCUGUACGCAGGAUAAGCGGUUGACAAUGGAUGGAUGGACAUUUCCCUCACUCUGGAACAGGUUGAUCUUUUUCCAUUGCUUACAUCCAGGAAAGUUGACCAGCUCAUUUGCCAUCCCCACUUUUAUUAAUGGGUUCUUGCUUCUUAUACACCAAAUAGUUUCUUUUGACAGACCAAACAUUUUGCCCAUGUCUAUGAUCCAAUGUUUUAAUCCUUAAGAUGUAUUUUACUCUUAUUGACUAUUUGUACCUAUUUAUAUGCAUAUAAAGCGGGAAAGUGAGA